CUUUUUUCCCAACCAACUAUUUAUCAAUUUUAUCUAAGUAUUUAUCAAUUCUAUCAACCUGCAAUCAAAAUGUCCAACAUGAUGAACAAGGUCAAGGAGGCCAUGCACCACGGUCACCACGCCAACACCCAGGGAAACACAACUUUGUCCGGCAACAACGGACCUCACGCCUCCAACGUUGAAAACAGGGUUGAUCCUCGCGUCGACAGUGGUCAAAGCACUGGCUACGAGAAUCCAUCCUCUACUCAGACCCAUGGCCCUCACGACAGCAACAUCGCCAACAAGGCCGACCCCCGCAUCGACAGUGACCGUUCCAACCAAGCUUCAGGACUUGGAACAGGCGGACCUUCUGGUCAGGGAACUGGCUACACCUCUGGUCAAGGAACAGGCGGACCUACUGGUCAGGGAACGAACUUACCUACCGGCCAGGGAACUGGAUACACCUCUGGUCAAGGAACCGGCGUACCCGCUAGCCAGGGAACUGGCUACAACACUGCUCCGUCGGGCGAGCAAGCCGUCCACGAUCGCUCCACCGGUCCUGCCUCUGACACCGCGGGUCCCUACUCCUCCAACGUCGGCAACAAGCUCGACCCCCGGGUCGACAGCAAUCUCGACAGUAACCAGAACCAGAUGCCGGGUACCGCGCCUCCCACUCAAAGCGGCACUACCUCUACCGCUCAAUAUUCAUCAUCCGAAUCCGAGAACAAAAACUUCAGUUCCGAGGUGCACAAGUCCAGCCUUGGUGGUGCAGGUGUGAUCCCAGCUUCUGGAAGCAGCGGACCUACCUCGACCAAGACAUUCGAUCCCCAAGGCACGCCCGCUGGUAGCAGCUACAAUGCGCCUGGAAGUGGAAAUGCGACGCAGACUGCUGGCCCUCAUCAGAGCGAUACCGCCAAUAAGCUGGAUCCCAGAGUGGACUCAGACUUGGAUGGAUCCCAGACUAUGGGUACUCAGCGUACCUAAGGGGGCUUGGCUUUGGCCUUUCUAAAUUGACGUGUAUGAUAUUAUGAGCAAAUGGCUUCAUGUAUGAUGUUAUGAGUUGAUGGACUUUGUGAAUUUCAUUGGCGUGCAACAUCUCUGAUAUUAGUUUAUCCCCAAAAGUAUGUCAAUUAAGAAAUCAGUUUAUCAACCUAAGUUUGGUCGGAUAGAGUAAAUAAUUUCUGAUUGUCCUUGUCAAAAAUCAGUGACUCGUUAAUGGAGUAACUCCUUCAUCUGAU